AGGAGUCUGACUGUGAGAACGAGAGCUAAGCGCAGUUGUCCGAGUCCGCCAACACACGAACUACACAGUGGUUGUUGUGACUGCACUAGGUUUCCCGGUGAACGUAAACCGGUACGCUCGAUGCUCCGGUGUUAACACAUCCUUGGAUAGCAGCUGUAUGACGCAGGGUGAAUAGGAAUUGGACACCUACACGACUGUGGUGGAGGAAAAAGACACAGUCUACCAGAGAUCGAGACUGGAAAUCGCGGGAACUUCGCUAGACAUCGCGGAGAGCCGGUGAGUCGAGGUUGUCCAGAAAUCCAGUGGUAAAUCCAUGACCAGGGAUCUUUAGGCUUUAAGCAAUGGAAGUUGUUGUGACAGAAGAGAAGAAGAAGAUUUUCCGUGCUAGGAAAACUAUGAAGAUCAGUGAUCGACAGCAGCUGGAGAGCCUUCACAGCACUUUGUUGACGGCCACUCCAGGCUUGUCUAACCCAUCUCCGCCACCUCUGAUGAACGGAACGCAUAAAGAGGAUGGACAAAAAGUGGGAGACAAAGAGCAAAACAACACCUCGGACUCGGCCUCACAUCCUGCGUCACCUGCCUCUGUGACCUCUCUGAGCUCACCUGCACCAUUCCUGUCCCUAAAUCUGUCACCUUCCCCCCCCUCUUCGCAAAGCCCCAAACCACAGGAAGAACCUACUUCUCCCACAUCAUCAUUACACUCUAUGAAUUGUGAACUGAAAAAGACAGAGGAGAAGAAAGGUUGUUCAUCUUCCUCAUUAAAUGAAUCUGUUACAUCAGCACCAGCAGAAUGUAAGAAACAACAGGAAAAAGACACUGACGUGAUCCCAGUGGUGGAGAAGGAGGAGAAAACAACUACAACAGAGGACCCAGCAGUGGAUUUUAAGGAUUUGAAGGGUUCUGUUAAAGGUUCGGUUUCAAAUUCUUCAGUACCACCCCCAGUAUCUGAAUGCACAGCAUCAGUGGAUACAUAUAGCAACACUGCAAAGGCCAUGGACCCUGAGGACUCCAUAGCCACAGUAAAAGAUGAAAAGCCUUCUUCCUCCAAAUUUACCACUUCCGAUUCUUCCUCUCCUUCUUGUCUAUCCUCAUCUCAUCCAGCUUGUUCUUCUCGUUUGGAUCGAAAACAAAAAAUGGAAAUAAAAGAGGACAACGGCAAAGAAGGGAAAAUUGACAACGGUGAAGUGAAGAAAGGAUCAGUAAAGGAGGAAAAGAUGGAGGUGGACUCUGUGAAACUGGAGCCAAAGAUGGAAAAAAAGGAAGCUGGAAAAACCACAAAGCUAUCACGACCAUCAUCCACUCCACCUUCUAGUACAGCAGUUAAGGAGGAGAAGAGUUCGACCUCAGGACUGAAACGCACUUUGUCCGAAGGCUGUGAAAAUGAUGGACAGACUGUAAAAAGAGAGGGGAAGAGGCCCAAAGUGGAGCGUGAGGAGCUGGAGGCCCAACUGGAACUUAAAAUUACUGCAAAAGCUGGUAGUCACCAUAAACUUGGAAAGAUUGUGCAACAACUAGUAAAUGAACGUUUGAGGGUGUUGGAGCUGACGGUCUUUGACAAACAUUUCCAAGAGCUGAAGGACAGAGUGGAUAAAAUCGAAUGUGCCACGAAACACCAAAUGGCCAUUAACACGCUCCAGGCCAAAAUAGCCCGGCUAGCAAAAAAGUUUGGAGAGGCCAAUCAAGCAUCAGAGAACCAAAGGAAGCAAGAGGCACUUACUGCUGCGGCUGCCGCCAUUUCUGCCAAGACUGCAACUGUUACAAACAACCCUCAAGCUCAGCGGCCAAUCUGGACUUCCAUGGAGGUAAAGCAGACUCCAACAACUGUUUCUUCAUCCAACGCUGCUGUUCCAGUCCCACCAACUCCUGCCAUGGCUCCAGCCCCCAUCUCCACUUCUACUGCUAUGGUUCAACAGGCCCCCAUCCUCCAGUUGAUCACCUCUAGUUCUAAUGCUGCCUCCACCCUGGCCACUGGCAUCACCACUCAAAGUCCAACAGGCACACUGCUUCUAAAGACAGCCACGGGGAGCAGUAUGGUGGCUACAGGCCAGCCUCUCCUCAUCCAGCUGCCGUUAUCAGUGAAUGGCCAGGCAGGGACACUGGUCAACAUCCCUGUCUCCUCUUUGUCUGCAGCCAACUCACUUAACAAAGCAAAAACCACUGCUUCCACCACUACCUUUAUACUCAAGCCAGCUCCUAUCACGACCACGGCACCAGCCUCUGCCCCAGGGGCUGCCACUGCCCAAGCCCUUCAGGCCUCCCCUGGUCAGAUGUCCCCUGCCCAGAUCUCUCUUGCUCGUGCUGUCUACCAAGGAGGCACUGGCGGAAUAUCUACACCCAAUGCUGGGGUAUCUGUGACCACAGCCAGGAUGCCUGCUCAGUCUGUCUCUGUAGUCGGGGCUAUGUCUUCAGUCUCUUCACCUGCGACCUCUGGACCAGCAGCUACAGGUUCCACUGCUCCAGGACCCCCGCAAGGGACUUCUCUGACAUCAAAGACAGACAAUCAAGCUUCAGGAACCACCCACUCCAAAGCAGCCCCUUCAGCACCACGGCCCAAAGGUUCAGUCAUUGACCUCACUGAGGAUGAUGAUGAUGUGCAAGUGACUGGAGUGAAGAAUGUCAGUACUCCACCAUCCACCCCACGUUCAAACCCAGUCAUCAGCAUUCUCAACAGUACUGGAGCAAGGUCAUCCCCUCAAAGCAAUCAGAACUCUUCCAGUCAUCCUCAGCUGACAGUGCAUCACCGCCCCCCACUGGAGUCUUCAGUGAAAUCUCGUGCUGUAACCACUACUACACAAGCCCGAGGCCCCAGCAUGCCGCUGCCCCCUCUCCCUGUGGCACCGGCACCGCCACGUUUACCUCCUGAGGCUGAACGGACCACACCUCCUCAACAGCCUCAGCUGAAGCUGGUGCCAAGUCAGACUGGUAUAGUGUUGUCUUGGUGUGUGGCAGAAACUGAUCGGACCUGUGCAGCUGUAGAAAGCUAUCACCUUUAUGCCUUCCAUCAAGACAACUCUAACAGCAGCGCAGCUCAGCAGCACUGGAAGAAGAUUGGAGAGGUGAAAGCUCUUCCUCUACCUAUGGCCUGUACCCUGACUCAAUUUCAGUCUGGCUCCACAUACCAUUUUGCUGUUCGAGCCAAAGACAUCUAUGGACGCUUUGGCUCCUUUUGUGAGCCUCAAUGCACAAAUGUCAUCAGUUCCAACUCUAGCUGAACUGUUAAGGAACAGAUGCUCAUUUUUGCCUUUUAAAGUUUAUGACUUCUUUUAGUUAAUUUUUUGUUUGUUUGUGAUAGGAACUCAUAUUAUAUAGACCGAAAACAUACGGUAUCUGUAAAUACUUUUCAUAUCAACUGGACUACUGACUGACUUGGAGAACUGAAGCAGCAAACGGUUGGUUUUGUCUGGUUCAUUGUAUGUAAUGUUUUUUUGGAAUUGCUGGAACUGUUGUGUAUAAAAUGAAUUUAAUAUGCCCUCCACCAAACCAGAUAUUUAUGUUGUUUUCUUCUGUUACACAGACCUUUUUUCUUUACUUGAGGAUAGAUGACAGGACUAUUAGUGUAAACUCAGUUGCACAGAAUGUCUAAAUGUGUGGUAGAAAUGCAAUGAUAACUUUUGUAAGUUUUGUCUGGCAACCAGACUUUGACAACCAUAAUAAAACUUUUUUAUUAAA